UUGUAAACAAAAAGUGCGCAAAUCCUAUUUUUCUUGUAUUAAUUAAUAGUUUAGUCAUAAAAAUAAUGCAGACAGAUGCAAAGAAUGAAGUUGACGAUGCUAAGCAGCCCACAAAAGUAGUUUUUAAGAAAUCUAGCCGGAAAAACCUGCGCCAACGAAAGAAUUCCGAUGACGGUGAUAAAGAGGAACAGCUCACUCUGGAUGAGAUCAAGGAGCGACAACGUUUGCGACAGCGUCCCAAUGGUGUCAGUCUUGUGGGUCUUGCGCUCGGCAAGAAAGUCGCACCUGAGGAAGAAUUGGCCAUCAAGGAUCCGUUUAAUGUGAAAAUGGGUGGCCUGGUCAACAUGCAGACAUUGAAAUCGGGCAAAAUGAAGGAAGCCGAGGAUGCCUACGAUGUGGGCAUCGGUACACAGUUCUCAGCCGAAACAAACAAACGUGAUGAAGACGAGGAAAUGAUGAAGUACAUUGAGCAGGAACUGCAAAAGCGGAAGGGCGGCGGAUCAGAUGACAAGUCAGCUGAUAAUGAUGACGCAGAUGCUCAUAAGUAUCUUACACCCGAAGAUGCAGCUCUCUAUGCACUGCCCGACCAUUUGCGACAGUCCUCGUCACACAGAUCCGAGGAAAUGUUAUCCAACCAGAUGCUCAAUGGCAUACCCGAGGUGGAUCUGGGCAUCCAGGCCAAGAUACGCAAUAUUGAGGCAACGGAGGAUGCCAAGCAGAAGCUGCUACAAGACGCAAAAAAUAAAAAGGAUGGACCCUCUCAAUUUGUGCCCACCAACAUGGCCGUUAACUUUAUGCAACACAAUCGCUUUAACAUUGAGGAUAACAACGAACAGCGCAGACGGAAACGUGAGGAGAAAGAAGGCAACAAUAAAUCAGCACAUCAUCAGACUAAUCCCAAUGGUGUCAAGCGAGCCACAGAUGAUUAUCAUUAUGACAAGUUUAGAAAACAGUUUCGCAGAUAUUAAGUUGAUAUUUAAUAAACAGUACAAAUAUUUUAAAAGAAAA